AUGCCGUCGCCGCCGUCGCCACCCCCGCCUGGGAUCUACGUCCCCGUUCCCACCUUCUUCGCCUCCAAGCAAGCUGCCAACUACGACCCCGCCGUUCCGCCAGUCGAUGUCGACACCCAAGCCGCCCACGCUGUCUACCUCGCCAAAUCCGGCAUAAGGGGUCUCGUUCUUUUCGGCAGCACAGGAGAAUCCGUCCAUGUCCAUCCCCGAGAUCGCAGAGCGCUCCUGCAGGCUGUCCGCCAUGCUCUUGCCCGGGACGGCUUCCCAGACUACCCCAUCGUUGCUGGCACGGCAACUCACAGCAUAGAGGAAACGGUCGAGCAGCUCGUCGAUGCCAAAGAGGCAGGGUCGCAGUGGGGGAUGGUGCUCGUUCCGGGAUACAAUGCCGCUGUCACUCCUCAGGACGGCAUUGUAAGGUGGUUUACCGCCGUUGCCGAUCGAAGCCCCAUUCCGAUUUUGGUCUAUCAUUUCCCCGGCGUGUCCAACAUGGUCAGAGUCGCGCCUCGCGCGUUCGCCCAACUUGCCGCCCAUCCCAACAUUGUCGGAUGCAAGCUCUCGCACGGAGACGUGUCGCAGCUGGCUCAGGUCGCGCUGAAUCCCGCCAUCGACUCGAGCCAUUUCCACGUGUUUACUGGUCUUGGCCAGCAGCUGGUUCCGGUUGUUUCGGUAGGGUGCGUGGGCGCAAUCGAUGCCUCCGCCGGGUGCUUUCCCAAGACGCUGGUGAGGCUGCUGGAUCUGGCAUGCAAGAGGCAGCCGACCGAGGCCGAGUUCCGGGAAAGGCGGGAGCUGCAGUACAAGGUCAGUGCCAUGGAGGAGAUUGUGGUCAAGCACGGCAUCGUCGGCGUCAAGGAGGUUAUUGGUCGGCUGAGGGGGUUUGGCGAUGCGGACGGCUCGCGACUGCCUCUGAUGGGGACUGUGGACGAGUGGGAGCAGUGGGAGCCCGUGUUGCAGGCAGUGGACGAGGUUGAAAAGUCGCUGUGA